CAUAAUGAAUUAAAAAUUGUGGAGUUUUUACGAGAUAUUGUUGAGAGAAUGAAUGAAAAUUGUAAUGAAACGUUAUCAAAUUAUCUAACAAAAACAUAUUAUUUACCACAGUCUACGGGACAUAAAACAAUUGAUUUAAUUAUCCCAAAAUGUUUUUUAUCACUUGAUAAAAUCGAUCAUUUGAUAGCAGUAACGAAACCAUUUUUAAAACAUGUGAUUUGGAAGGAUUCUGAAUUAGAUGAUUUUUAUCAUAAACCCACUGGACGUUUUGAACGUAACUUAAAAUCUCAAUUCUUCAAAGAUGAAAAUUUAUUAUUAAAUUUAGAGAGUACUGUCGUUUCCUCUGCUACAUCAAUUACCUGUGGUGAUUUUCUAGAUAAUUCUACAGCUAAAAACUAUAAAACAUCUCUAGUUACAGAAAUAUUUAAAAAACGUUUUUUAGCUAUAUUUAAUUUUAAAUCAAUGGAAUCAAUAGUUAAGGAAAUAGUUGAUCUGUCGGCACACAUGAAAACUGAAAUCCCAACAGACGUGGAAACGAAACAAUCAAAAGGAUUGAAAAAAGGUAGACCUAGAAAAAAAUUACCUGGUGGAAGGUUCAAAUAUGAAAGGGAAGAGGGCGAUGAUGAAGAAGAUCUUUAUAAUAAUCAAAUUAAAACUGAACAAAAUAAAUUAUUAACGAAAAAUAUAAAAGAAGAGCUAAUGUCAGAAACUAGUCAAAAUGUUUAGAUCCAGCUUUUGGUCUAAGCGAAGGGGGAACGGGUACAGCCAACAAAAUCUAUGCUAAGUCUACGUUCAGAUGGAGGGAAGUUGCUCUGACAUAUCCAACUCCCCCCAUGGAACGUUCCAUGCCAUUUAAUAUAAUUGAAAAAUGACAAUAAGGAGUAGUCAAAACGGUGUGAAAAAUCAUAAGAAUCGAAUUUUUUUUAAAUGAAAAAUGAUCGCUUUGAAAUUUGC